AUUGUUAUUCAAGUUACAAUAUCUUGAAAAUCAGUCUACCAAAGAAAAUAUCGCGUGGAUAAGGUUAAGCACCAUAUCAUGCCGAGCUACAACGAAAUAAACGAGUUUUACCGUUAACACCAAAUGGUACAGAUGGAGAUUAAAAGAUCACGGUACUGGAAAAACCUUACAAGGCCACUACGUCCUAAGAGGAAGCUCGUUGCGCUGUUCUUGCUUGUGCUUGCCGUAUGGUUACUUGGGACGAAAACGCUAUCCACGUCGCUGCCUCACCAACUUCGCUUACAGCAGAUAGAUUGGCAGCCGAUACCUUAUACGAGGCUAGGAAAGUGCGAGUCGAAAGCAGAUGGUAGCAUUUACUGCCCUGAUAUUCGCAGCAAAGGGUCGACAUCGCUUCGACGAGCUCAACUAGUACUCACAAGGGUUCUUCGGAUCUUCGAUAUCAUUUCCAAGAAGCACGGCAUUAAAUAUUGGCUCUGUAAAGGCACUCUGCUGGGUGCCGUUCGACAUAGCGGACAUAAUCCUUUUGACGAUGACGUAGACAUUUGUAUCCCCAAAAUAGACUAUCAAACAUUUAUCAAGUCCGGUGUCAGUGAGCUUCCAGAAGAUAUAUUUUUUCAAACAGAGGACACAGAUGUUCAUUACAAAGUUCCGCCGCAGAGCGGGAUGCUGGGGAAAUUACGCGACACCAAAAGCUGUUAUAAAUACUGUUUGCACAGCGGCUGUAAGCACGCAGAUGGUCUUAUGAUAGAUAUGUUAGUCUUGGAGAAGGACAGCGAUGGAAACUUCAUCGAAUUGUUCAGCCACACCAAUUGGUUUUUACGAAGGUUUAUCUACGGACCUAUAAAAAGAAAAGAAAGCGACGUUUUUCCUUUGAUAGAAGUGAAUUUCGACGGUUUUUUAGUGCCAGCUCCUCGCGAAUGGAGAAAAAUUCUCGAAUCGUAUUACGGCGAUUUUAUGAGCAUACCAUACGGGAAGUCGCCCGCCUUUCUUGAUACAGAUGCAUUGAGGAGCUGCGAGGAAAUAGUGAAAUCUUGAAAAAAAGAAGGAAUACAACGUAAAGUCUGCGCCAUAUAAACAUGUCAAAUCUAUAAUAGAUCGAAAGCAUAAGCUUCACAUGAUGGCAGCUCUAAUAUUGACUUUUGGAAACCCGAAAAUGUCAAGUUUUCCUGGGGUCGCCAACCUUCCCUCCCCCGUAUUUUGUUCUGUACUUUAGUUACCUCCUCGUUUAUGUUUUUCGGUUAAGUUUUUUUAGCGUUUUAUCCAUCAGUUAUAUCUUUUCGCACGUUAUUUCGCGGUCCUCUUGUAUCUAAAGCCAGUUUCUUUUAAGCAUGAUCACUUCUUAUGUCAGUUUAUCAAACGUUGCGCUUGGCGCAGUUCUCUGUUUAGAAAUCCUCAAGUUGUUCGAUUUUUCAGUUAUAGAUUAGGCGUUAUUAGGCAUUUGAGGGGAGUGGUCGUCGCUAACAGAGUAUAAAGGGCGUGCUAUAGAACAUUGAGUGUUUCGUUUAUCCUAUUAUCCUCUCCCCAGUCCCUCCAACAGGAGCCUGGCCACGCAAGGUCCAGUUUUUCUGACAGGGUCAAGUAUUCAUACUUGAGUUGGUAAAAUGAAAAAAAAAUGUACUUAAAGCUAAAAUUUUAUCAGAACACGCUCAGUAGUCGCACAGUUACUUGCUGUUCUUCUUUCCUUCAAACUUUUCUACUUCAGAUUCUGUUGUAUAUUAAGAGAUGUAUCGAUAUGCAUAGGUACUGUAUCGCCCCUGGUCAGCCUUGAAGGAACAUUGUGCCAAAUAGCUUUCUCAACGAGCGGUAGCCUGCAGCGGAUGUUGUUGUUUAAAUACCCUUCGCGACGUUAUAUCGCAAUCGUUUCUGCUUUCUUGAUGAGAGCAAUGAAGGUUGGGCGGCUAAAUAAAAUGGACGAUACGGAAAAUAAAAAGAAAGAAAGAAAAAACAAACACAUAAACAAAAGUGAGUAUACUCAUGCAACUCUUUGACUAAAUUUGCCUCCUCCUCCGGUUUGUGACAGACCAAGAUUUGUAUAAGCAACUACGUGAUUUCAAGUGCGAUUUGGUGUUUUAAAUAAGCACAAGUGAAAUUUUUCAAAGACAGCAAAAAUACACGAGCCCGUAGGGUACCAGUGUCCACGGCAGAGGAGGGCGUUUUUUCAACUAGGACUCGAUUGUAAAUGACCCUGAUUUAGAGCUUCUUCUACCCUUACGCGAAGGAUUUUUCAACUGGACAAUAACUUUCAAAAGGGACUCAGACUUCACUUUCCCCAUGGAACUUACGUUUGUUUGUCGUCAGUAAAAUGACCUGCAAAAAUUGUUAACUAUGCAGCUGGAAGAAAAGGUUUGUGUUUUGGGCUGUUUCAUAUUGUGGAAGAACUCAAUAUAAGUACGUAAAAUAACUUCAUAAGUAUAUCAAAGUUGAUGUUUAUGGACAUCGUUCAGGAAUCUUUGAUUGCAGACUUUUACAUUUCAUAAGUAGAGAGGAAGGCUAAUCAGUUGUUUGCCUAAAUGGCCAUUGAUUUUCAAUCGUUACUUCCAGCCCUUCAAAAUAAACUAUUUAAUUUCAUUUUGCAGACUGACGGAUGGAUCAGCGUGGUAAGUGAUCAAGGUCGAGACGAGAAAGCACGAAAUUUGAUCAUAUUCAGGAAACCUUAACGCAAAAACAGCAAAAAAAUUCCUUAUCUCCCAUUUCCUUGAAUUAACAAUCAACCAAAUUUCAGACAUAAUUAUUUUAUUGGCAGAUAUUCCGUGCUCAUUGCUUGUAAAAGGCUCAGACGAGCAUCUCAAUACAAAAGUUACUACUUGUUAAUAUCUUUAAUAUGCAUACCCAUUUCUAGUGAAACCGACCAAGACAUUUGAGUAUGCACUUGUUUAACUCCUGCCAUUAACCAAGAAUAAACAAAGACUAUGUAAAAGGAGAGGCCUUAAGACUGCUGAAAAAAGGGAGGAGGAUGUAAAAACUUCAUGAUCAAGAUUCGACUUUACGAGAGAAGCUGCAAGAAAAAAAA